UUCAAGAGAUAGCCAUAGAGUAAGAGUAUUAUCUCAAAGACUCAAAUCUCUUUCUUUGCAGUCUGUGGCAGGCAGUGAGGAGAAAAAUAUGUCAAAGCUGAUGCUUGCUUGCUGCAAGGUAUACAUAUCUGAAAGCCGGAACAGGGUUGCGUUGGAGACAAUUGAACGAGCAGCCAAGCUAUUCCCGGAAGCUGCCAUUAUCAAUAAGUUUGAAGAUGAGACUUACAAUAGAGUUGGUUACACCCUUGCCUCCAAGUUGCAUCCAAAGCCAUCUUACGAACCAUGUCCUUUGAGAACCGCUGUGCUUGCCAUGGUUAAGGCAGCAUUUGAGACAAUUGACCUUGAGUUGCAUUGUGGAAGUCAUCCUCGACUUGGAGUUGUGGAUCACAUAUGCUUUCACCCCCUGGCAUAUGCUUCAUUGGACCAAACGGCUGGGGUUGCAAAGUCUUUGGCUGCAGAUAUUGGCUGUAGGAUGCAAGUCCCCACUUUUCUAUAUGGUGCUGCCCAUGAGGAGGGGAGAACGCUUGAUUCAAUCAGAAGAGAGCUGGGUUAUUUCAAGCCGAACUCCAGUGGAACUCAAUGGGCUGGGGGGCCGAGGUCAGAGUCCCUGUUGCUAAAGCCAGAUGGGGGCCCAGCUCACAUGAGUGGAGAACAAGGUGUAGUGGUAAUUGGAGCAACCCCGUGGGUUGAUAACUACAAUGUCCCUGUCUUCUCUGCCGACAUUACUGCUCUUCGAAGAAUUGCAAAACGGGUAAGUGAAAGAGGAGGUGGACUUCCUUCAGUACAAGCCAUGGCACUAGCACAUGGUGAAGACGUCACUGAGGUAGCUUGCAAUUUGUUGGAACCAAGUAAAGUUGGAGGAGAUAAGGUUCAGCAAGAAGUCGAGAGGCUUGCAAGGGAAGAGGGCAUGGUUGUGGGGAAGGGUUACUUCACUGAUCUAUCACAGGAAGAAAUAGUUGAAGCUUUCUUAAAGUUGGGUCCUUGCAUGAGCAAAUAGUGACUCAGCAUUACUGGAAUAUUCUGCACUGCAUUCCUAACCAACUCACACCUUGAACGUGCUGGAAUGGAGGAAGAUUCUCGAAUACUUUUGUAACCGAAUACUAGUCUUUUCUUAUCAUUUUCUUUAUGUAAAUAUAGGACAUAUAAUGCCUAUAAAUACUGCACUGUUGUGGUUGUAUAAAGUGUGGAAAAUAUAUACCAAGAGGAGAUGAGUUUGAAUCAGACUUUACCUUUCGUUGAGUCAUUUCUUCGAAUGGUUGUAAUGCUCUGUUUUCUUUACUUCUUCAUGGUAUCACAGAGCUCUUAGGACCUCCGUCACAUGUCAAACAUUAUCACUCCCAGUCUUCAUUGAGAGAAAUGUUUAGCAGAAUGGAAAAAUCCAUAUGCCAGGUGAUUGUCUGCAGUUUCACAUAGCAGUAAACAGAAAAACAGAAAAUUAUAUGUACUUGACCUUGAAAACUACCUGGCAAAAAGUUAUGGACUGAGAUUCUAGUGAGGCCUUUGAUAUGUGCUGUUGACCAAGUACCCAUGGUUUCAUCUGUGCUCGUAUCUCUUCGUUUCUAGUUUCAGUGUCCUUCAUUUAUCCCUGAAAGUGUCGGUAUGUAUACUAGGAUGAGGACCAAAAACUAGCUUUCAGGGAGUUUCAGCAGAAAAUGCGUUAAUCUUGGUGAACAAACACUAUUCCAUAUUGGUGAAGCAACUUGAAUAUUUUUGGAUAGCAUUGAGCAGCAGUCCAUUACAGUUACAGCCCCCCAUAUGUGGCUGAUGCUAAAUUUCAAGGGUUGCUCCUAUUAUCCACCAAUUUUAAACUGGGGCAGCAAUUUAUUGCAUGUGGAGAGAGAGAAUGCUAGACUAAAGCCUCAUUUGUUUUCACAGAUGAGAUGA